GACCGAGAAGAAAAACUCCAGUCAGUCUGACGCCAAUGAGGAUGGUAGACGCUGUUUUGACUUAGGUUUUUCAUCUCGCCAUGACUUCAUUGAACAGUCUGUUCUCUUUUACGAGUCCUGCUGUAAAAAAGCUCCUUGGUUGGAAACAGGGUGAUGAAGAAGAAAAGUGGGCAGAAAAGGCUGUGGAUUCUUUAGUUAAGAAGCUGAAGAAAAAGAAAGGUGCUAUAGAGGAACUGGAAAAAGCUUUGAGCUGUCCUGGACAACCGAGCAAAUGUGUCACCAUUCCACGCUCUCUUGAUGGCCGAUUGCAGGUGUCUCAUCGUAAAGGUUUACCUCAUGUAAUUUAUUGCCGUGUUUGGAGGUGGCCAGAUUUACAGUCUCAUCAUGAAUUGAAACCUCUGGAAUUUUGUGAAUAUCCAUUCUCAGCAAAACAGAAAGAAGUUUGCAUAAAUCCUUACCAUUACAAGAGGGUGGAAAGUCCUGUAUUGCCUCCUGUUCUGGUACCAAGGCAUAGUGAAUAUCCUCCAGGCCAUCCUAUGCUGACUGCUUUUUCUCCACAAGUAACUGAUACAGCUAUGCCUCAAAAUGUCAGUUUUUCCCCUCAAGGUUUUACAACUCCUUCACCAAGCAGCACAGCUUUGUCAAGUUCAUUAUCAGUGUCUUCAGGAAUCAGUGUUCCCUCACCUGGUACUAGCAUAAAUAAUUCAGCACCCAGCAGUCCAUUUGACCUAUCUGAAACUCCUCCACCUGCCUAUAGUCCUCAAGAUGAUAGUCAGCAUGGAUCUGAAAGCAAUCAUCAGACAAUGGAUACUGCUGCUCUGCCUUCAGACCCUGAUGUUGCCCCAGUCACUUAUCAGGAGCCUCAAUAUUGGUGUUCCAUCGCAUAUUACGAGUUGAAUUCACGUGUCGGUGAAGUGUUCCAUGCUCAGAAUCAUAGUAUAGUAGUGGAUGGUUUCACAGACCCAUCUAAUAACCAAAGUCGAUUUUGCUUGGGACUUUUGUCUAAUGUUAAUAGAAAUUCCACUAUUGAAAACACUCGGCGACAUAUAGGCAAAGGUAUCCAUCUUUAUUAUGUUGGAGGAGAAGUCUAUGCAGAAUGCCUUAGUGAUAGUGCCAUUUUUGUACAAAGUCGAAACUGUAAUCAUUCUCAUGGCUUUCAUCCCACCACUGUUUGUAAAAUACCACCUGGAUGUAGUUUAAAAAUAUUCAACAAUCAAGAAUUUGCUCAUCUUUUGACUGAAGCUGUUAAUCAUGGCUUUGAAGCCGUUUAUGAACUUACCAAAAUGUGCACAAUUCGUACUAGCUUUGUGAAAGGAUGGGGAGCAGAGUACCAUCGGCAAGAUGUGACAUCUACACCUUGCUGGAUUGAAAUUCAUCUCCAUGGUCCUCUGCAGUGGUUAGAUAAAGUUCUCACUCAGAUGGGCUCACCACAUAACCCCAUAUCAUCUGUAUCAUGACAUGACUUCAGAUCAUUUAUCUGCAUUUUAUGUGCAGAAUAUCAGCUCCUGAUAUAUUUUUGCUUUUACAUAAAUCACUACACUUUUAGAACUAAAGAAAAGUCAUUUCAAGGAAGAUGAACGUCAUACAGUGCUCAUAUUUUGUUGACUGUUGAACUGUGUUCAAUGUGAUUUCUCCUUUUAUACCAUAUUUUCAUUCUGUACUAUGAAAGUAUCAGUGACAAAGUUAGUUUUACUGCAUAUAAAUCAUCCACCUUAAAAAUUGCAUUUAAGAAAAUUUCUUCAGUGACUAAUAAAUACAGGAUUUCUCCUACUUAAUACAAAUUAAUGCUUUUAAAUUUCUGUGGCUAUAAAAUUACAAGUUUGAUUUCAGUUGUCAUUCAUAUGUGCUGUAUAUGAUGAUAUAGCAAAUUAUCUUUAAUAUAUGAAUAUCAAAUUGAUAUAUUAGAUUAAUAUUUUCUGCCAAGAAUUUGAUUUGAGAAUGAUUUUGCAUAAUGAAUAAAAAAUAUUUUAAUAAACUAAACUCGCUCAUAAUUUUAUUGAAGGAAUGGACAAAGCAUAGUAUUUGUGUUUUUGAGAUUAACUGUGUAAUUAUAUAUUGGUAUCAGUGUAUUUGGACUGUACAUGGUAGUAUAAAUGUUUGGAAGAAAGUUUUCAUAGUUUUAUGUUAUCUCUUGUAUUAUAUGUCAUCUUUAUUUUUUUUUCCUUUUUAUCAUGUGCUUUUUUUUUAUUGUGAGCAGUUAAUAUUUUAGGCUUAUGGUUUUUAAUACAAUUUUGUAUUCACGUAUAUGCUGACCAUAAAUUUAACAAAAAUUGAGAUUAUUAAAAGUUCAGUUGAAGAUAUUUUUAUCAUGUGAAUCUUAUUUGAAAAGUAUGUUUUGAUCUAAAAAUUAUGCCUAAAAAUAAUAAACUUUUGGUUAGUAAUUGCACACCUGCCAGCUUUACACAUCCCAAAAACUUCGAGAUUUUCACUCUUUUUUUUUUUUUUUUUUUUUUUUUUUUUUUUUUUUUUUUUGACUCCAUUACACAAGUUUUUACACUCAUGGCUUAUUUCAGUUAUCUAACCUAACCAGAACAAGCCCAUAAAUUAUAUCAUCUGUCUGUGGCAUGGGCCUCAAGCACUGUAUAUUUGACCGUGUGACUUUGACCAGCUCCGCCUAAUUUUGAUCAAGAUAACCUAGGGGGUAGUAGGUCCGAGGAUCUCGUGGUUUUCUUCUUUUUUCCACCAAACCACUCAAGUCAUCCGUCUACUUCAAAUAUCCCCAUGCCGCACAAACUUUAUGCCUUCUCGGGACCCUGGAACCUGAACCCAGUGAAUAAUACUGUAGUCAGGAGCAGUAGAUACUAUACAGAUUUAAGCCUAUGUAAUUAUUUAAUACUGCUUUGAGCAAAAAUUUGACAAAAAAAUUAGUUUUUUCAUCGUUUCCUUUCAUAAAAGUUCAAAAAUAACUUCAGGGGAGAUUGGAUAUCCAUUUAACUGAGUUUAUUUUAUAAUGUAUAAUUAUUGCCCAGAACUGUGUCUUGAGUUCUUUUAUCGUUUUAGCUAGAUGCUAGUAAUCCUUAAAUUACACUAGCUAAAGAAAAUGAACUUUUGAUGCAGGUAUAUAUUUCACUAUUUUUUAAGAAACUUCCAAUUCUAUGUUUUAAAAGUUGUCCAUAAUUUUUCGCAGAUUUUCAAAAUGUUUUUAUAUUUGCUUAACGAAAAUACAGCAUUAGAACAGAAAAUAAAUUAUUAAUGAUGAUUAUUAUGUAAUUAUGGGAUAUUUUUACAAAAUUUUGCACAUUUGAUUUUUAUCAUAAAUGACAUGUGUAUGCCUUUUAAAACCUGUUACAUAUUGGAAACAUAAUUGAACUUGAACCAUUCUUUAUUUGAAAUUUUACCUAUAUACAUUUAUUCAAGUUGGUAGGUAUGUAAUUGCAAUUUCUUGACUGUGUUAGCCUGUUGGACUUAACUUUGAAGAGCUAUAUUAAGACAGCAUUUAUCCACUCAAUUUAUAUAAUUACUUAUUUUGUUGUUUACUUUGAUAAUUUCCCAUUCAUCAGGAUAAUAGUUAUAUCGUUAAAGACUAUAAGAAAAUGAAAUAUUUUAAAUAACAAAAAUUAAUCUGUACUUAACAUAAAGAUACCAAAUAAAAGCAGUCAUAUUGUUUAGAGGGUUAAUAUGGAAUUUCUUGAAUUUUAUGUUUUUCAUUUUUGUAAUUUUUAUUUAAAAUUAUCUUCCAUUAAUAACAUAGUAUGCAAUUUCUGUCAUUAUGAACAGGGUAUAAUUUAAACAUGAUCAGGACUGUUUAUACACCAGUGUAUCUAUGGAGUGAUAAUUUAUAUAUUACAAAAAUGACUUAACAGAUUGCCAUUUGCAAGUCAGUAAAUUACAUGUUAGAAAUCAGAUUGCCUGUUGUUUGACUUGUCUAGAUAAAGCAAUAUUUUUAUCAAUCAUUGUUUUAUAAAGUGUCAUUUUUAAAUGUGAAUGUCUCGCACAUAUACUGUGCUUUAAUUUUUGUUGAUUUUUUAUGCAUGCAGUAGGUUUUCAUUUUUCGUCAUACACAACUAGUUCAUUUAAUUUAAAAUUAUUUAUUUUCUUAUAACAUUUAGUAUGAGGUGUCAUGCAAAUUUCAAAACUGAACUACAAAAGUCUGAAAUAAGCUAGUAAUAAAGCUGUUAUUUUGGAGAUGGGGUGUAGAGUGAUUCUUUAAAAAUAAUGAUUUUGGAUUUGAUAUGUGAAAUGAUUCAGAUACCUUUAUUUGAGCAUUAAGCAGUCAGCUUUUGGUAUGAUAAUUGUGUCAAAGUUACAUAACAUAUUUCAUUGGCUGUGCAUGUAAAUUUCUCACACUGAAAUCAGUUUUAAAGUUAAUUCUUCACUUUAUAGCUCUACUGUAAUAAUAAAGUUGUUUGCAACCUUUGCUUUCAGUUAGUAAGCUUUUUUUAUAUUGUUAUAAUCAAAUAUAAUUAGAAAGCAGUGCUGUUUAGUUAACUUGAUAAUAAGUACUGAAUUGUUAUAUGAAGUAAUUUUUAAUGUAAUUCAUUCUAAAUAUUUAACUUUUAUAUAGCAUAGUUUUUUCACAGUUUGUGUAAUUGAACUGUAAUACUAAAUUUUAAGUACUAUUUAUAUUUGAAUUGCAUAAAAAUUAUAUAAUGUGCAUCAUUUGUAAUAAGUAAUAAAAACUAUGCAACUUUCUUAAGACUGGUUUUAAAAUUGCACUGCUGUUAAGUGUUUUAGCUGGGAUAUUUUCAGCUUGCUCUGCAUGAUCUGAUAUGACACAGAGAAUCUCUUAUUUACCAAACAUUAACCCAUUUUUGUCAUUUAAGGAAGCCAGUGCUGUUAUUUUUAUGAACCACAUAAAUUUUCUCUGGUACACGUAAAAUUGUAUAUCUUACAUUCUGAGAUUCAGGUUCAGGAAAAUAGCACUUAAACCAAACCAAAUGAAUUUUUUGGUUCCUAAUAGAAUCUCUUUAAAUGGUGACUGUCUUUUGGUGCGUUCAAAUUCUUAAUUGAGAAUAUGAAUGUAAUGUUUAAUUAACCUAAAACGAAUUUCCCCCCAUAAUGUAUUCUGACAAGAGUUAUUGUAUAUAAAUUGUUACAUAUUAUGAUUGUAUUUUCAUAUUUACUCUGUUCUGUGGCUUGCAUUGUGAAAUAUCUGCUAAUUAGCUAUUUGCAUAUAUUUGUAAUUCAACUAUUUUGUUUUUCACUGGGAAAUCAAACUUGUUUUGUAUUGGCAGAUUUCAUGUUUGCUGUAUUUAUUCUAUUUUAAAUAAUGAAUGAUUUCUCAUAAGUUUACAAAAACUGCAUUUUACUGAGGAAAGAGUUAAUAUUGCUGUAAUUUUCUUUAAAAAUAUCUAUAACUUGGUAAAAGUUAGUUUGCAACUGGUUAAAGUAGCAUGUAAAAAAAAGUGCUUGUUUAAAUCAGUCACAUCUGGGACUAUUAUAAUAAGCUUUGUUUUAUAAGGAUUAUAUUUUCUGAUCCUUAAUUAUGCUUGCUAUGAUUUUUGAAAAAUUCAGUGAUUCCACUUGCAUAGUUUUCCAGUGUAAGGAGUUUCAUAUAAUUACUAAAUUUCCUAUAUUUAAAGGAAUAAGGGUGAAUUGUAGAAACAUCUAGAUAAUAUAGUAUAUUUGUUUCUUUUCUUCACUUCAAUGAAAUAAAGAAUGUUAAUAUUCCACAGCUGUUGUUCAAAAUAUAGGGUUUAUUUUUUUUUCCCCGCUAUUAAUUUUUUAAAGUUAAGGUGAUAAGCUUCUUUUUGAAUUUACUACCCCUAUAUAACCUGAAUAUUUAAUUUUAGCAAAAUUGCAGUGUCAUUUAUAAUUACAAAAAUUAAUAUAUUGACAAAUUUCAAGGAAUUUACGUAUACAGAAAUUGUGCAAAGUAGGUUUCAUUUUGUUUCUGAAUUUGAUAAAAUUACUCAAGUCAGAUUUAAUAAAGUUAAUGUAUUUAUUGAUUAUUUAAGGAAAUAUAAAUAUUAAUCUUGUUUUCUGUAGGAUUUCCAGAGAGAUCAGUUUCUGUACAGAUAUUUGUUCCUUGUUUCUGUUAUGUGUUGGAAUUCUGUCCUAAAUGAUAGUAGAUUUUGUACUGUUAUCAUAAAUGUUAUGUUCAAACUUUGACUUGCUGUGUUCAGCGUAUUUGUAAAUUAUAUGUACAAAAAAAAAACCUCCCAUUUAUCAUUUGAAUUAACUUUGUUACAUUGUUUUGUAUCUAUGAAAGCAGUGAUUGUUUUAUUCUUUUAUAAGUGAGAUAGAUUUUAGUUGCUUUCAAAAUGUUGCCAUAUUUUACGUCUCUGGACUGCAUUAGCCUUGUCUUAGGACUUUGCUCAAGAAAGCUUGGAAGUACUGACUGAAUUUCAUGCAUGUAAUGUAAAAAUGAUACAUAAUCCCUUUUUUUAUUAUUAAUUUUAAAACUUUUUUCAUUAAACUGUAAUGUGCGAUUAAAAGAGUAAAAUUUUAAAUUUUUUGCUGUAUGAACAUUAAUUAGAUAUGAAUGAAUAUUAACAUAAAAUCCUGGAAGUACUGUAAGCUACUGUGUUAAUAAUUUAAACAGUACUGCUCUGUAUCAUUUUAAAAUGUUAAGUUUACAGUUAUUCCAGUUUUUAUUUGAACAGACCUGAAAUUACAAUUUUAAUUUGUUCCUGUGUGUUAUGAAUUUUUGUUACUAAAGUAUUUUAUUUUUAAAUAAUAUAUAUACUUUCUUAAGUGUAUUAUUGAUUUCCCCCCAUAAUGAAUGAAAGUUAUUUGUCUCCAGAUUCAGAUGCAUGUUAUUCAAGGUAUUAUGAAGCAUGAUGAAGUCAGAAUUAUUUAUUUGCAUGACUUCAAUUUGUUUUGCACUUGGCGAUUAGCAAAAGGAGCCACAUAUUUCCAAGAACUUCAUGAAAGUAGUAGAUAAGAUUCUAAAUGAAGGGUUUAUUAUCUGAAAUAAUGAUUUGUGUAUUUCUAAUCAUAGCUAAAUUAAAAAUAAAACCUUAUUAUGCAUGAUGUACUUCAAAAUGUCAUUUAAAUAUUCACAUAUUGGAAUUUUUUAGUGGAGAUUAUGGAGUGCAGAUUUCAAUUUAUACAUCAAUGUCGGAUAUAUGCUUUCUUGUAAAUGUGGUUUCGUACUACUUAAUGUUUUUACUAGGAGAUAGGGUAAAAGUGAAAUUGUUGCUGAGAUUUGUGAUACAGAGCUUUUGGUAAAUGAAUUUUUGAGAAAAACUGAGCUCUAAGAAAAUGUGAUAAUUUUUUGAUGAACUGUGUAACAACUGUCAUGUUUUACCUGAGCAUUGUAGAUGGUGCUUAUUCAUUUGUACGUGAGUACAUGAAGAAUUUUAGUUUUAAACUACGGAACCAGAUCCAGUGUAUCCUGAAUAUUCAUCCUUCGCAUAAAUUCAUAUAUAAUUUCUGCAUUUGCCAUAAAUUAUAUGUAAAAAAAUUAGGAGCUCUAUGUUUUCUCAUAUUUUUUAAUAAUUUAGCAUUUUGUGUGUCCCACUUUUAAGACUGUUAAAAAAGCCAUUAAAAUUUUAAUUUGUACUUCAGUGUUAAUUUUCUACAAAAUCAGUUGUGCAGUUAAUUUUGAGUGAAAAAAAAAUAAGACUAUUUUGAUGUUUAAGAAGAUUUGGAAAUAUAUAUAUGUAAUCAUAGCUGCCAAUUCUAAUUUUUCAACACAUCUGCAAGUAGAUUACCAAAUAUCCCGGUUUUUAAUUUUUUAGCUUUUACUAGGGAAAACUACUUUAAAGAAACUGUUUCCCCACAAUAAAUAAAAUUUAUUAAAUGAAAUUCUACAAAUUCUAUUCCUCCACUGCUAGUGAAUUUCAGAAUAAAAUUUCCCAUUAAAUUUUGUUUUUAUCACAUUUUGUGAAAUUUUUUUAUAUUAAAUUUUUUUUACUGUAAUUUCAUUUUAUAUAAAUCGUCAUAAUCUGCUGUAGACACUUGUAUGAAGCAUCAAGCAAUGUUUAAUCAGUUAAUAUAUGUACUUGAUUUUGUUUCACUUCACUAUAUGAUUAGGGCCCGAUUUAGCCUAACUGGGGCCCGGGACAAAAUCUGUUUUGGGGCCCCCCUUCUGCUUCACUACUUCAGUAAUGAACAAGAGAACUUUUUCGAGAUAUAUAAAUUUUUAUAAUAAACUUCCUAUUCGAUGUGGGGGUGCCGGGGCAACUGCCCCGUAUGUCCCUGCUUUAGUCAGGUUCUGUAUAUGGUACAUUAUAAAGUUUAUAAACAAAUAAAUAUACAAAUUAUUCAUUUUAUUUUUAUCUUUUAAAGUACUUUAAUAAAUAAAAGCUUUCUUUCUGUACUCGGGAUUUUUCUCAGGAUAAAAGUGUAAGGAAAUUGUUUAAAAUAAGUCAAAGAAGAUAAAAUUUGAAAUAUAAAUGUUUUUUACAAUCAUAUUCAUGUUAUUAAUAGCACAGUAACCUGAAUCAUGUAUUAUAAAUUUAAAUACAUUUGGAGUUUCUUUGAAACACCCAGUUUUAAAACCUGAUUUUUCAGAUUUCAGGAUUGGCAGCUAUGAUAUGUAUAAUGAUUUAUAUUUUAGGAGAAAUUUAAUUACAGUUAUGUAAAGCUUUUAGUUAUGCAUUAUGUAGCAGCAAAUGAUGGUAUAAUUUUUGAACCCAAGUUUUUUUAUUUAGUUAUAAGACUUCUGCUGAUUACAGAUGGACUUCGAUGUUUCUUAAUUCUUUUGCAUUACAUUUCAAUUCUUAAUAUUUUCAUUGAUAAAUACACACCUUUCAGCUUAGUAAACUUUAAAAUAAAUUUAAAAUGUAUUUAAAUUUAUACAUGUGAGAGUUGAAUGAAAUUGCCAUUCCCCCCUCAAUCUGAAAUUUGUGGACAUUUUAUUGCAACUGUAAGGAUGUUGUUUCUAUAUUUGCAAAAUGCAUAACUGGCAACAGAGUAGGAAAUUUUUUAAUCUUGGGAUAAUUUUCCCUGCCUGCUGUUGGUGCUUAUAUUUUUACGCAGAUAAUUUUUUAGCCCUUGGCAGGGAACACAUUGUAAAAAAAAAGAAGAGUGAAAUGCUUAGAUCUAAUAUUUUUAUGAAGAGUUAUCUCUAUUUUUGUUGCUAAGCUGCUUUUAACAUUGCUGCUACAAUAGAUUUUAUAUUGCUUAUUGUAAAUGAAUUUUUAUCAAAAUGUAAGAGGCUUGACUAUAUUUUUACUGUGAAGUGUUUCUUUUAAAUGUGAUAUUGCAUGUAUUUUUUCAUAAUGUAUGUUAACUCUUAUAUUCGUAAUGUAAAUGUAAUACUAAACUUCAUUUCAUUUGCCAAAUUAUUAAAAUGUUAAGUUGAAUGUAUAAUUAAUAUUCUUGAUUGUGAUGUAAUAACUUAAUUUAUACUGUGUAGCUGAUUCGAUUGCAUUAAAAAAGAUAAGGAUCAAAUAAACUGCUUUAGUUAUCCACUUUGAUUUCAUUCUAACUGCCAUCUAAAGUCAUAUUAGUUUCAGAAUAAUUACUUUGGUAGGCAGUAGUGUUUUGACUGUAAUAAUCGUGAAAUGUGUAUUGCUACUUAAAACUUGAAAAAGUUACUACAGUGUCAUAUUUAUUCAUGAAUGUAAAAGUUAUUAUGUAUGUGCAAUACAAUAUUCAUAUGUGUUCCAUAUUUGUUCUCUCCUAUUCUCAAGCACGCUGUAAUCCUUUAUACUGCUAAUAAAAUUUUAUAUGACAAACUA